AUGGCGGAUGAGAUGGUGUUGUUGGAUUUCUGGCCAAGCCCAUUUGGGAUGAGGCUAAGGAUUGCUCUGGCUGAGAAAGGCAUCGACUAUGAGUACAAAGAUGAGGACUUGUGGAGCAAGAGCCCACUGUUGCUGCAGAUGAACCCGGUUCACAAGAAGAUCCCGGUUCUCACUCACAAUGGAAAAUCGGUCUAUGAGUCCCUCAUUGCGCUUCAGUACACUGAUGAGGUUUGGAAUGAUAAGGCUCCACUCUUGCUUUCUGACCCGUACCUCAUAGCCCAGGCCAGGUUCUGGGCUGACUUUGUCAACAAGAAGGUGAUUUUUACUCAUUAAUUUACUUAUUUGUUGUUGCUGUUGUUUUUUUUUUUUUUUCAACAAAAAAUGUUAUCUACCCUAAAAAGAAGAAGGUAGGCUUAGCCUCACAAUGAGCUAGUAAUAAUUUAGUUCAAAUUCGUCUUUGACAAGAAUCGAACCUAAGACCUCUCCUUUACAAGUGAAGAGGAAUACCACCAGACUGUAGUACUAAGUGGCAGUUUUACAACAUAAUUAAGUUUAAUAUUUUUUUUUCCUUAAAUAUGCUCUUUUUUAAAAAAAAAAAAAAAAAAAUCUAUGUUCAAUUUAUCAUCAUGCUUAAUUUUAUAAGAAAGGAAAAAAAAAUUAAAAAAA